AAAAAAGUUAAACUCAUAUUUUUUUAUAACGAAACGAUAUUUAAUGCAUAAAAGAGUUACUAUUCUCAGGAAAGCUAUAAUCCCUCAAUAUUGCUCAGAAGUCGUAUGAUAACAUGUAUCGGGCCCAACGUAGAUGCCCGAUCUUUCUGGUUCUGGAAGAAGAAAUUGGUCGAAUACGGUAGCGGUAACUGCGGAUUGCCUUUGCCACCUCGCAUAGAUCUCGUUUGCAAGGGUUGCGAGUCAAAGUGUAUCGAGUUCGAGGAAGAGAAAAAGAAGAGGAGGAAAUUUUUCACGUUUAAAAAGAAGCCAGAGCCGAAAAAGAAGCCGGAUAAUUGCAAGGAGGAGGAGAAACCGGUUGAGGAGAAGUACACGUUGUGGGAGACGAUCUUUGGGCCAAAUCCAAAGAGGUUUUGGCCUGACCCGUGCACUUGCAAACUGGCGCUCAGGGCGAAGAGAAAUAAAAGGAUAUGCGAUCCGAGGUUGCAGGAUUCACGUUACGAAUUGACAGCUGGGGAUGUAUUUUUGUACACAGAAACGAUAAAACAGUGUCCAAAAGGUUGCAUGGAACCUCAACCGAAGCCUCCGCCGGCCUACAAGAUGCCUAGAGCGGCAUUGUCCAAAAUAUUGAGCACAGCCAGUUUGACAUCGAUUAACCGCACGACCAUCAAUCGGCUAAACGAGUGUAAAGAAAAUGUGAAACAGCAACUGGAACCGUGUAAAUUACCGUAUGAGGAAUUGAGGCCGAAAGAAAGAAAAAGAAAACCAUUCAAUUGUCUGUCGGGGAUUCGAUCGGAGGAUAUUAUUCAACCAAUGAAUAACGAUUUUCGUUCUCAUAAAAUUCCCCAACAACAAGUGAAGGAGAAACCAGAAAUAUUGAAAAUCUGCGAACAAGCUAAACAAAAGAAAAGAUCAUCCGAUAAGAAAAUCGAUUUAAAUGAAGUGGGUCAGAAAUUAUCUAGGAUAGAGCAAUUGAAAAUGCAAGUUAAACAAAAAGAUAUGUUUGAUUAUAAUUCGUGUUCUCCUUCUAAUUGA